CCGAGUUAAGGGAAUAUCCAGCCGACCAAUCACAACGCUCCCUGCCGACUGACCAAUCAGAUGGCAGGCAGGGUUCUCUUCCUGUUUGGCCGAGGGAAUCAUUAUCGGACUUAUAACCCUGACGGAUAAAGACCCAUUUUCACUAUUACAUAGUCCAUUAUACGGAGAUCAUGGGAGGGAUCAAACAAGAGCAGAGUGAUGCAUCACAUCAGUCCAAACCUUCACAUUCAGCAGAUCAACCACAAGAGGAGCCAAAGAAGAGAGGCUGGCCAAAGGGAAAGAAAAGAAAGAAGGUGCUACCAAAUGGUCCCAAGGCCCCAGUAACAGGAUAUGUCCGCUUCCUGAAUGAACGCCGGGAACAUAUGCGGGCCAGGUACCCUGAUUUACCUUUCCCAGAAAUCACCAAGAGACUUGGAGCAGAGUGGACACGAUUAGCCCUGAAUGACAAACAGCGCUACCUGGACGAGGCGGAACGGGAGAAGAUGCAGUAUGCUCUGGAACUGAAGGAAUAUCAGCUGACUGAGGCCUAUCAGAUCACCAGCGCCAAGAUACAAGACAAGAGGAUCAAGAAAGAAGACACUCCUUCUGUCAUCAUCAGUACUCGUUCAGAGUCAUCUAUAUCAAAGGCUUCUGACCUCACAAGCAGAUUCGAUAUUCCUAUCUUCACCGAGGAGUUCCUCGAUCAGAACAAAGCUCGAGAGGCUGAGCUGCGACGGCUUCGUAAGGCCAACAUUGAGUUUGAAGAGCAGAAUGCGGUUCUUCAGCGGCACAUUAAGGACAUGUACAAUGCUAAAGAGCGCCUGGAGGCUGAACUGGGGCUGGACGAGAAGCGUACGCAGGCUCUGCACCAACACUUGCUGGCCAUUAAACACACUUUGGUCAACAGUCUGUCAUCAGUCCCCCUGCCAGAUACAGGCGAGACGGCGUCUCAUGGUAACUUGGACUCAUACCUGAGUCGUCUCAGUGGAGUGCUGGAGGGAAAUCCUCACAAGCAUCGCGCUCUGCUCACCCAGCUUUGCGACGUCCUCUCUCAUCUGGACAGUGAGAAGUUGUGAGGAGACUCCAGCUGGAGCCCCUUUCAUUCCUGCAUCAGAGGGAUACGUUACUGGCUCGGUGGUUUUAGGUCAAAUCAGUGCCAUUCAACAGAGCACGUGAAUGUCUCAAGGAUGGUAAAGGAAAGGGUACAAACACUCCAAAACACCACACACACACACACACACACACACACAGUCCAUGUCUACAUGCCUCUUCUUUAUCAAUUUGUGUAUGCACAUGCGUUUUUUUGUAAAUGUAAAUCUGUGUGGCAGUGUUGAGGGCUUUUACAGUUUACAAAUGUUAUUAAAUGUAAUUAAAUAUAUCUUCUGAACUGCUUUAAUUAAGUCCAAUUGGAUUGACCCUAACUCUAUUGUGUAAUAUCAGCAGUUACCUACAGGCCCUUUGCCUGUCCAAUAAGACGAGCCUAAUUAUUAGUUUACAAUAAAUGCCAUUUGGCAUAUGUUGGGUGGGGAAUGUGUACGUAGAGUUAUUUAGAAUGCAUGAAAAACUAUAUAAAAAAACAAACUGGAAAGGGUGAAAAUGUCAAUGUUUGGGUUUACAUAGAUAAUGGCGGGUUGGUAAAUGGACAAGCAAUUUCACAUGUUGUCUGAAUAUUAUAUAUUUGUGAAGUAUAUUUGUAUUUUCUGAAAUGUUCAUUAAACUAUACUGCAAAUGUUUCCAACAAAA